AGUAAACGCAAUGAAUCUAUUCCUCAAGUUUUUGGUUUCUCAUCAAGAAAGGUCCUUUUUGCAUUCAAAUCAGACCCAACACUAUGUCCUCGAAACCAGUAUUCACACACUUCCUGGCGUUACCGCUCUACACUUCUACUUCCGCUAAUCGUCUAAACACAUCGCUUUCACGCUUCGCAGCCGAGGUCACCACUCCGGGUACCCCUACGACUGCUUCUGAGGAUCUUACGUCUUCGAUUGAGCAGCUAUCCCUCUCCAAGGCAGCCUCUGAACACAACGAGUCCGUACCAACAACGAACAACACCAACUCCCCGCCAUGUCAAGCCCGAAGACUGACAUCUCCAUUAGCAACGAGUGUACCCCGGUCCAUAACUGCGCCUCUGCCAAGGGAAGCCCUGCGGCCCAUCGCAAGUCUGCAUCUUACCCUGGGAAUGAUGAGCCUAGGAGAAGCAUCUGAGCUGGAGCGAGCAGCAGCCUUUUUGAAGACGGUCGAUGUGCGCGCCCUGCUCGAGUCUGCCGCCACCACCGCCGCUACCGCUGAAAGUACUUCCAUCGUUCAAGGAAACGCAAGUUCAUCUUCAAUUCCAAAAGAGCCAUUGAGUAUCGAGGACGGCAGCACACGAAGUUCAUUAAUAGUGACCCUUCGUAGUCUGGUUCCGAUGCAUGCCCUGGAAUCGACGAGCGUCCUCUACGCGGUCCCGCACGAUGCUUCGGGACGGCUAUAUCCCUUCUGCAAGGCUCUACAAGCUGCGUUUAUCGAGGCCGGAUUUAUGGCUCCUGACGAACGCGGCCUAAAAUUACAUGCGACGAUCGUAAACACGCUUCAUGCCCGAGCGAGGGCCGGUGGUGUAGCUAAGAGUGACUUUCGGAGACAGGGACAGGGACAGGGACAGGGACAGUGGCAGAGGUGGAGAACAAAGAACAAAGUGAUGAAGAUUGACGCGACCGAGUUGGUGGAGAGGUGGAAAGAUGAAAUCUGGGCGGAGGUGCAGAUUGAGAAGGUUGCGAUAUGUGAGAAAGGAGUAAAGAUGGCCUCAGAUGGGUUGAUGAGGUAUAGAGAAGUUGCAGAGAUUGACAUGCCCUGAAACCGGAAAAUGCAGUGGUAUCAGUAGUUGUCCUUGUUUAAGCCCAGGAAAUAAAAAUCCUUCGCAUCUUUAUCGGUGUCAAGGAAGAGUGUUUCGCAGCCUUUU